AACACCUCACUUGUCUUGUCCUCUCCAACCCGGCCCAUCCCAACCCGCCCUCUGUUGUAUGCUAAUCGGCGUCCCCCGCGAGGGUAUCACCACCCACUACUACUCACUUCCACAGAGGACCGGACCAGUAGUCUCUCCAGGAUGCAUGUGUCCGUGGUAAUGGCGGCGGCGGUACUGGCGGAAGUGACGGUGGGUAGUACAGAACUCAUACACCACCAGAGAGCCUCUCAGUGCUCUCGGAGUCGAACUAUAGUGACGAAGGCGAACAUUUGCCUUGAGUACAUCGACAACAUGAAGGACAGUUUUGUGCGGGACACAGUGGGCUACACCUGGGAGACGGCUGAUUCCAAGUACCCGAUUGGGGAGAUGCAGGCGCCCUAUCUGCCGCAACUUCCCCCUACGGGCACUCACACCCCUGGCACUUUCCACGAGGAGCUGGUGCGGCAGUACGGGCUGCUGCAGAACUGCCUGCUGGCCUUCGAGUACCUAUCGCUGGACCAGGUGCUCUUUCCUUUCGUCAACCCACACGUGGAGUCUGUGGAUAAAGUGGACAGGCAGCUCAAUAUCUUCACGGGGUACCUGAAGACGACCUUGCAGGAUGAAGGCCUGCAACCCGAUCACAUCCUCACCGCAGAGCUGGGCCGCGUUACCUACACUGAGGAGAGGACGUCGGUGAGGAUGCGGAGAGCCUUCGUCAUACUGAGGGACACCCGCGCCACGCUCCUCCACACGGUCGAGGUGUUCCAGACGUACUGCUAAUGAUCGGUGUUCCUCAUGUUAGUAGUGUCUCCCUUGCGUCACUGAUAUCCCCAUUAUCACCACCACCAUCACCACCGCUACCGCUAGAGAAGCCAUUCCAUGCAACAACCGCAGCUUAAAGUCCAGUAUCAACGGCGCCAACAUACCUGCUUCACUCACAAUGUAAAACAGGUACAUUCUUAUGACAGCCAGGAAGUCCUACAACAACUAUUGCAUAUAAGGGAACAAUUAUGAACAAGACACUAAUGUCAGAAGUAUGUUCCAGCAUACCACAACACAUUUUCGUUUAAGAAUUCGAAUCUCAACCAGAGGAUACCCUAUACAACUAGGUUGCUCAACAACAUGGUGCAAAUUGGUGACAUCAUCAGCCACAGGAGUCAUGGGAACAAACCAGUCAAGGGAGGGAGGGGUAAUAGAGAAACAAAAGUACCACACCCUCAACAAAGAUGUCACACCAUAUUAACAGCUCUUGAAGGCUUCACACAAAGACUUACCAACACUGAAGGUUAUCCUCGACCCUGACCAUCAUUAGUCGUCCAGCAGAACCUGUACAAACUCAAGGAAUGAAGAACAGCAGCACAUUCGCAGUCUUCCAUCAAGGGCAUUACACACACAGUAUCGGUGCACGGGACCUGUUAAUUGUAUUUAGCUUUCAUGAGUGGACGAACGCUAUUUCAUUUAUUUUUAUAGGAGCAGAAGUUUUUGCGGCCCUUUUUUUUUACAAUUUAAUUUUUUCAUGUUUUUUUUUUUCUUUUUUUUUUUUUUUGCACUUAGUCAGCUUCCUUCACACAGAAAAGCAAAAGGAAGAACGUCAAAUGGGAAAAUGUCUUAGAAACUUUAAUUGCUCUCGUGAUUUCUGGUAUCCAAGAAAAACAAAUCCGAAAAUUUUCCUUCUUCUUGGUGUACACGUAUCCCAACGGACAUAUAAGUGUAUAACAGUCGUUGCCAGAGGUCGAGGAACACAUUGAUUUGCACCUCAACUCAAGUCCUCGUAUCUGAUAAGAAGAAUCCAUCACUUGCUAGGUUUUGUGAGGAGAUUGUCAGAUGGUCAAAUAAUAAGAUUGUAAGGGAAUGCUACACACAGAGGGAGUGAGUGCAGAAGAUUCCUCCGCCUCUGACCACGACUGCACCAGUACCAUUUCAUCUGUCUCUGCUAGUUCUUUCUUACGAUUGUAGCUUCAUGAAAAAUCCCUUUCAUCCUUUCAUACUCAAGUACGUCUCAUAUAGUAUCUUUUUUUUUUCUAAAAGUAUCUUUCAUUUCCUCUCUUGCAUCAGGAGGCUUGCAGUCUUGAUGGCACUCACUACCUGUCUUCAGUAUAUGUGUUGCUCUGUUCACUCCCUGCCUGGCCAAGCUUUUUCAUUUAAAUUAUUCACCACAAUGCUUCUUGAAAGAACCAUUCAACUUACCUCGGUGAAAGGUAACAGUUAGUACUUCAAACCUUGAAGCUACGAUUCCAUGCCUUAAAUCCUAAAAUAGUUGAAAGGAUCCCUGCUUGGGAGACUCGCCAGCAUUUAUCAAAUCAUUGUUUUCCUUAGUCGCCAGCACGGACUCCGCCACAGUUUUGUCAGACAAAGCAGAAAUGAAUAUAAGCCAUCUGUUGACGUAAUAAUGAGCGAGGUCACUAAAUACAUAAACAUCUAGAGACAAGAACAUUGACCUUCACGAUCCCAGUCAGUUUUUAACCAUUUGGCUAUCAAUUAUUUCACAAAACGAUCACUAAUAUUAUAAUGCUACUUGACAUAAUGAUCGAAUUUACUUCUACAUUGCGUCUUUAAGCCUCCAUCAGUGUUAUUACGCGCAGCCUGCAGAACAGGAACCUUCGCAAACCUUCCACACUCAACUCGGCCGGGUGUCCAUCUCUUUCAGGUAACUCAAAUCAGGCUCACCUCAUCGCUUCAUCUGGUCACCAGUUUUCGAAUUCAAAGCCAGAUUCGCGGACAUGUAAUCAGUGGCGGCACUCAACAAAAAGAGAGACAGACAUAAAUACAUACAUACAUAUAUACAUACAUACAGGCGAACAGACAGGGAGACAGAAAAAAAAAAACAUGCAUAAAUUAUUGAGAAACUUGUAGGAGCGACUGUUUCUCUCAGAUCAGGAGAGAAAGGUAAUAGAAUGAGGUGGCUGAAACGGGUCAGUCACCUUAAAACGAACAAUGUAAAGAAGUAUAGAAAAAAAAAAAUCACAUUUAGCACCUCAUAGACUUAUAGACUGUGGGUUUUAUCGUUCAGUACUAACUCAUGAACCACCACGCCCACACUUCAACCUGUCCUACGCGAGUUCAAAGGGAAACCUCACUUAAAAAAAUAAUUAUAAUAAUAAAUAAAUAAAUAAAUAAAUAAAUAAAAAAAUAAUAAUAAUGAAUGAAUAAGUUUCCUAUACACAAUAAUACGUUUUCUGUGAACAAUACAUGUAUAUGAGAGAAAACUACUUUGCAUGUAAGACUCUGGUAUAUGGGAAGUAUAUAUGUGUGUGUGUGUGUGUGUGUGUGUGUGUGUGUGUGUGUGUGUGUGUGUGUGUGUGUGUGUGUGUGUGUGUGUGUGUGUGUGUGUGUGUGUGUGUGUGUGUGUGUGUGUGUGUGUGUGUAUUUGGAGUGGCAUGGAUAGAUAGGACAAUGGCAGCCCAAGCGAAAAUAGCCUCUCCCAGCAGAACACGGAUCUACUCAAAGUGACCAUAGCUUAACAGACAGGUGACGGGACUGCCUGGUGCUCCUUGCAAUCACACACUCCGGCACAGCAUCUCUAUCCUGACAACCCUGCACAGGAGAAUGGCAUGAUUAACUGCAUCUGUUAGACUCCCUGAUAACAUAGGCAUUUCUUCUUUCUUUAAGUUCUAUAAAUAUUCACGCAUCAAUAAUCAGUUCCCUUACAAACAUGCUGACACUCAUUACAUGAAGAAGUAAGCGUACAACAACAGUUCCAGUAAUAUUCCUGUACUAAUGCACUACGGG